CCUCACUCUAGGGUUUUAGCCGUAUAAGAACCCCCUCGCCAACCACCUGACGCCGCCUCCGCCGCCUCGUGCCUCCCCCUUUUCCGUCCCCCCUCCCCGCUGCCUCUUGGUUGGUGCGCUCCGAUCCUAAGAGAUGGCGGUGCCGCUGCUGGUGCAGAAGAUUGUGAAGAAGCGGGUCAAGCAGUUCAAGAGGCCUCACAUCGACCGCUACAAGUGCCUCAAGCCAAGCUGGCGCAGGCCCAAGGGUAUUGACUCCCGUGUGAGGAGGAAGUUCAAGGGAUGCACCUUGAUGCCCAACAUUGGGUACGGCUCUGACAAGAAGACCAGGCACUACCUUCCCAACAAGUUCAAGAAGUUUGUGGUGCACAACGUAUCCGAGCUGGAGCUGCUCAUGAUGCACAACAGGACCUACUGCGCCGAGAUCGCCCACAACGUCUCCACGAAGAAGCGCAAGGAGAUCGUGGAGCGUGCCGCCCAGCUCGACAUCGUGGUCACCAACAAGCUUGCCAGGCUCCGUAGCCAGGAGGACGAGUAGGCUGUUCGUCAGUGCGAUGUCUUGGUCCUUUACAUCUGUAGGAAACUACUCUACUUCCCGUCGUGUUACUACCGAGGAUAUCUGUUAUGCCGACCUUUUUGGUACCAGUAGCGACUCAAAUGUGGCAAAUUAUACUGCUACCGCACAUCAAGUUUUCUGCAUUGACAAUUUACAAUGGUUUCAUUGGUUGUACCUUUA